AACUGGCAACAACCAGAACGAGAAGAACGACGAGGACGAUGGCAGGGCUUGAUCGAGGUGGCGACCUGCUUGCCAUGCUGCAUCAAGUGUUCAAGGACACCGAUGACAGCGGCACAUGCCGUGCCGUGCUCCGCGGCUCUGUCAAGGGCGACAGUGCACAUGUGCGAGAUGACUUCAAAGCAAGCGUUGAAUCCUACGACAUCACACCCACGGCGCCAAAGCCGCUCGCUACAUCGGUGGCCAAGCUUCUGCCAUCCCACAACGUGGCGGAUGCUGAGGAGGAUCUGCCUGCCACGAACACGAGCGACCGCGACAACGAGUCGUCCGUGACGCCCAUCACGCCCGCCACCGUCAUGGAUGGCUUCCCCGCCAGCAUCAUCGACAUUGGAAUGGGGCCCAUCCCGCUCCCCGUUGCCGGCAGUCGGCAGCGCGGCGGCGCAUCGGGCACAACCGCACCGCUGCACCAGGAAGAACAGCCACACACGCAGGCCGCCGCAAACGGGCGCCAUACUGGUGCAAAUGGCGCGAACGGUGGCGCCGGCUCAACAGCGCAACCCCGCGCGUUCAAGCCGUUUGUCAUCCCAACGACGGUGCACAACCCAUAUGCGCGGCAGUAUGCGCAGUUCUCUGCAGAGGGGCAGGACCCGCGCAAGAUCAAGCACUUUAAGAUCUGGUUUCCGUUUCUGGACGAGGGCACGCUGCCACUUGACGUGCGUGUGGUCACCAGCGCGUGCGUCUCGGAUCUGAUUGGAUUCGUCCUCUACCGCUUCAACCAGGAGGCCGGCCUCCGCGGCACCACGCUCGAGGGUGAGCCGGGCGACUAUGAGCUGCGCUUGAGCGAAUUUGACGGCGAGCCAGACUACGAUCUCCCUGCACUCGCCGAGGACCACACCAUCAAGACGCUCGGCUUUGAUUCCCUCUGCCUCUGCCGGCGGAAGGUUGCGCGCAAGUCUGGGGCGGACCAGCGGACAAAGAAAGGCUUCUUCUAUGUGCACUACCCUGACGGGAGCUCAACGCUGCUGCAGCGAAAGCGUGGGCUGACUGUCGGUGACGUCAUCAAGCAAGCAUUGCGUAAGCGCGGCAUUCGGUUUGGGGAGUACGUUUUGGAGGUGAAAGGACAGCCGCAGGUCGCACUUGAUCCGACGGAGAAAAUCGCCGAUGUGGAGGAAGCGCAUCCUGGACGCGUGGAGUUUGCCCUCAUCAAGAAGUUUGCGCUGCGUCGCGAUAUUGCCCAUCCGCAGGAUGCAGAGCAGGAUGCGCUGAUGGGCGCUGUCGAACACACGCUCAGCAUGAACCAGGCCCACACCUUCUUUGUGACGAAGCACGGCAAAUACACGCACCAGACGGUCGAGUUUCGUGUUGCUGAUGACGUCAUCACCGUCACCACCUUCCACUCCACCCGCUCCAUCUUGCACAAGAGCAGAAGGGUGCGUGCGCGUGUUUCUCUGUGUGUGUUGGGGGGAUCUCUGACUGUGUUUCUGUGUGCGUGUGUGUGUGGGUGGGUGUGGGUGUGUGUGGGUGUGUGUGGGUCUGUCCGUCUGCCUGCCUGUCUGUCUGUCUGUCCCUGUCUCUGUGGGUCUGUGUCGCAUGCUUGCAGUUGGUUGCGCGUGCAUUCCUUUCCACACGCUCUUACGUGCUCUUACAUGCGCUUGCUCCCCUCCCCACCACCAACCCUCUGUGCCCUCCCCAUACUUUCACUCCUGUUGCUGCUGCUGCUGCUGCUGGUGUUGCAGUUUGAGAUUCCCAUGGAGUCAGUUGUGGACUGCCAUAUCGACGCGCGUCGCACCACGCGCUUUCACAUCGUCUUCCGCCACCCGCCAGACUGGAAGGAGCAGAUGUACGAGGCAAAGACCGCCGAACAAGCAGCUGACAUUGUGAACAAGAUCAGAGGCAUUUUAUCUUUUCAAAUGGGCGGGAAGAAUUCAGAGCUUCGUGCGCAAUACAACAUGCGCAAGUGAUAUGUAUAUGUGUGUGUGUGUACAUGAGUACGUGCAUGACUUCCUGUGCCUGAGAUUAUAAUGAAACCCGCUUUGUGUCGCUUCCAUCUUCGCAGACACUGGCCCUGAGUUGCUUGCGCUGUGGAUAUAGAUACCAUGG